GUGCGACACCGCGUCCAACGCAAGCUGCUACAGACGGCGAAGAAGACUGGAGGCGGUCACUGUCGCUCGCACGCGCCUCUUUCAUCUUCUCCUCCUCAGAGCUGUAAAGGGGCGAGCGAAUUUCUAGCGGACAACCAUUUAGGGAAUUUAGUCUUUCCUUCUGUGUCGCCACAUUUCUAUCUGGACAGGACAUGUCUCCUUCACGGUCCAUGUUGUUGGUGGGAGAAGGGAACUUCUCGUUUUCUGCGUCCGUGAGUCAGGCGUACGCUGAAACAGAGACCAGCAUAACGGCCACUUGUCUGCAGCAACAAGACGAGGCACUGCGGCACGAAGGUGCAGCCGGUAACGUUCAGAUCAUCAAGGACUCAGGUGGAACUGUGCUUUUCGGGGUGGACUGCACAAAGCUGGGGGAAUGUGCCUCUCUGCAGGGACGUGUAUUUGACCGUGUGGUGUUCAACUUCCCUCACUGCGGCAGAAAGAGCGGGGUUAAAAAGAACAGAGAACUUCUCAGAAACUUCUUUCUCAGUUGUGUUCAGGUGUUGGCUGAGGACGGGGAGGUUCACGUUUCCUUGUGCAACGGGCAGGGCGGGACACCGGCGGACCAGCCGAGGCGAGAGUGGCACAACAGCUGGCAGGUGGCUGCCAUGGCAGCGGAGGCUCACCUGAUCCUUAGUGACAUCCGUCCUUUUGAAAGUGAAAAAUACCAGAGCUACAAGUGCACUGGAUACAGGAGCCAGGACAAGGGCUUUCACGUGGAGAAAGCUUUGCUCCAUGUGUUUACUCACAGCCUCCCGUACACCUCUGCUCGGACACUAAAGGUGGAGGAGGCUGUGGAGGGGGAGAAAGUCCAGUACAACGUACCGGCUGAGCUCAGUGAUUAUAUGUUCAGGGGAUUUCUCUGCUCAGGUUCUGUCCACCCUGUCAGAUUGGCGCAAGAUUUUCUUCUCGAAGGACUGGCGGAGAAGUGGUCUGUCUCCAUGACGACGGAGACCAUUCCCUUCCUCCUCACGGCCAAACAGCUGCAGACGUGCUGCCAUGACGUAGACAGCACACACUGCUACUGGAUCCACCUGCUUCAGAAAGACCUCAACUCUGACACUCAUACCUCUGAAAACAAAGAAAAAGAUCGAUUGACAUUUUCGGACAGCAAGAGAGGCGUGGACUCUCAAGACGCUCAGUCGGCCACAUGUGUUACCUCAGAUAAGGUGGACAGGGUGAAGAGAAAGGGAGCUGAGAGCUUAAGGUCUGCGUGCUCUCUUGAUGUUGAUCCCGAAGGGGAAAGUGCUCUUUAUAUGCUGCGUCCAUCUCUUCUCCCUCAGAUGGAAGAGCUUCUAAUUAAAAAAGAAGAGCUGAUUAACAAUGCAGGGAGUCAUAGUGAGACAGAGGUGAAUAACAAAAGUGUUGAAGUUGAAGGAAAUAAGGAGGAGCCCUGUGAGGGCUGUAAUGGUGUAACCAGUUUGUUAUUUGGAAUUAGUGGCCUGGUGUUCAGGAGUAUUCCCAUCAACCUCUGGGCCCUGCCUGUCUUUCACGAGCUUCUCCUCAGAGGUGUUUUCCCUUCAGAAUGUGAGCCAAUCACAUUGCUUGGGCAAAGGCUGGAAACAUUGCUCGCACCUUAUGGGGUCUCCCUGAUUACAGAACAGGGAGGUCUGCGUCUGACAGCACAGCCGAUGGGUUUGGUUGGUAAGGUGUUUACAAGUAAUGCAUGUGAUAACAUUAGCCACAUCAGUGUCACUGUGUCCCUAAAUUUGGACCUUCUGGCCGCGCUCCUGUUCUCCCUCCCCGACUGGCGGCUGCUGUGGUCGCAUGACCCCCGUUUCUCAAAGCAGUUUGGACUCCACCCUUCACCCGGGACUCCUUUCCGCCCAUUCUCCCUGUUCCCCGAGCACUUCAGUUUCGACAUCAGCUUCUGGACGGGGCCGACGUGGGAGGAGAAGAAGUUCCACGCCGCUGUCCGAGAGGCCAGCCACGGGACUGUGGAGCAAGUUAAACUCAUUGACAGGUUCUCACAUCCUGACCUGAGCCAGACCAGUUACUGCUACAGACUCAUCUACCACUCACACACACAUGCUCUGUCACACACACAAGCCCUGCAGUUUCACAAACACUUGGAGUCUUUACUCUCCUCUCGGUUGCAAGUCACCAUCAGGUAGCUACAUGUAAAUCUCUCAGAGGAAGAGACAUCACAAUUACCAGUCCAAGUCUGUCUGUGACUGCUAAGCAAAGUGUAAGCAUAUAAUCAGCAAUAUAAACAGCGUUUACAAUAGCCAUGGCAUUGUGUUUACUGUAGUCUUUGAAUCGUGAUUGGAGUUCUGUGUUUCUGUGUGUGUUUUAAUUAUCCUACAAUAAACCUGUUAUUUAAAAUACA